UCUUCACUACUAACUAGUGCUACUCCUUCUAUUCUUUUUUCUCUGUGGCGCCAUUUGAAUGCUCUUCUCCGUUCAAAUCCACUCUUCACGCUUCACUUUUCUCUCAUUUCAAGCAUUCCAUUUAUAGGAAUAAAAAAAAAACUCACAAAACAAACAAAGCUUUUUAUAUAUAGUUUCACAUGGAACAAACCAUGCACAACAACAAUGUUUCAGUUGGGUCACCACAACAACUAGUAACAACAAACACAUUACCUCAAGAAAUGAACAUGAACAUAAGUGUUGGAAACAGUAUUGUAACUACUAUUGGAACAUCAAUAGUUGCUUUAGAAGCACCAACAGUCACACCAACAACAACAACACCAGGAAGUUUGGAUUUGUUUGGUAAGAAAAAGAGAGGUAGACCAAGAAAAUAUGAUGCUGAUGGAAACCUAAAUCCAAGUUACAAGAAGAUUGUUAAAACAACAACACCAAUACUAACAUCACCACCAGGAUUCACUUUGUCUACAAAUGAGUUUGCUUCCAAAAAGGGUCGUGGUAAAUCAACUGGGUUUGUUAAUUACCAAACCUUUUCUUCUUUUGGUGAGGUGUUUCCAAGCACAGCUGCUGUGGAUUUUGCACCACAUGUAGUCACAGUUUAUGCAGGAGAGGAUGUUGGUGGAAAGAUCUUGUCAUUUGCACAGAAGAGUCCAAGAGGAAUAUGCAUUCUUUCUGCCAAUGGAGCAAUCUCUAAAGUUGCACUAGGUCAACCUGGUUCUACUGGUGGUAGCAUUUUGACUUAUGAGGGACGGUUUGAGAUUCUAUCUUUGUCUGGAUCUUACACGGCUUCCGACAAUAGUGGCAUAAGAACUCGAGAGGGUGGAUUGAGUGUCUCGCUAGCUGGUCCGGACGGUCGAGUAAUCGGAGGUGCUGUUGCUGGUGUUCUUAUAGCUGCUGGCCCCAUACAAAUUGUAGUGGGGAGCUUCAUGUCAAAUGGUAACAACAGCAAGCCUCUUAAAAGGAAGUACCAACGCGAACAAACAGUGGCUUCUCCAACUUCAACUGGUCCAGAAAUAGUCACUGCAGCAAGACCUAUCUCACAAGCAAAUAUUCAUGGUGAAAACUUUAUGAUACCUAUCAUGUCUCAUCAGCUUCCUGAUCAAAUCCAGAGAGAAUCUAUCAAUGUUUCAAGUGAUAAACUGAACUUAGAUGCCACUCCUGAUGAUGAUACUUGGAACAGUUCUGAUGAAUAUUCAGAUCAAAGGACAUCCCCUGACAUCAAUAUUUCUUUGCCUGAUGAAUAGAUGGUUUUGGUGAUGGAGAGGCUGACAUGGUAACAGAAUGAAACUAACAGUGGAAUUUGUGAUGACAACUAGGAUAUUUGACAUAAUGUACAGUUGUCAGAAAUUAGAAAGGAGUAUUAUUAUGGCCUUACAUUAAUUUUUUAUCUUUACAAUUUGUGCUGAAAACUUACAAGUUUUUUCUUCUUGAGUUGGGAGUUAGCUAGGUGCAUGGAGUUAUCAAAAGACAUUUUUAGUUAUUCUGUUGGAAUUAUUUCAGUCAAACUAUUUCUAUUAUUUUUCAUUAUAUUUGAACAUUUUGGCCUUUU